AUGGAUAAAAGGCUAUUAAAUGUUAGCCUGUUAGGUUUGGCCUUCAUGUUUGUUUUCACCGCAUUUCAAACAAUGGGAAAUAUUGAAAAAACUAUACUAAAAAGCAUUCAAAAUGACUAUCCCUCAUUUACUGGUGAUGGAUAUACUAGUUUGUCCAUCAUCUAUAUUGUGUUUGCUUUAUGUAAUUGGAUAUCUCCAUCAAUUGUCAGUUUUGCUGGUUCCAGAUUAGCUAUGUUUAUAGGAGCAUGCUGUUACACUAUGUUCUUAGUAUCAUUUCUCUGGCCGACCACCUUUUUACUUUAUUUCAUGUCGGCGGUAAUCGGUUUUGGUGCUUCAGUUAUUUGGACAGGGCAAGGAGCAUAUUUAACAUUAAAUUCUGAUUCUUCUACAAUGUCCAGAAACUCAGGAGUAUUUUGGGCUUUGUUGCAAAUGAGUAUGUUUUUAGGAAAUACAUUUGUGUUUUUUGCACUUCACGAUAAAAAUCAUUUGGAUGAAUCAACAAGAACGUUAGUCUUUACUGUCCUCAUAGCUGUAUGUUUUUUGGGUACUUUAUUAUUUUUACUUUUACGAUCGCCUUUAAGUUCAGAAGGAACUGAAAAUGAACGAGGAGAAACUUUAUCGCCUAUUCAAGAAAUAAAAAAUUCUCUGUCUCUUUUCCUAACAGAAGACAUGUGUUUAUUAAACAUGUCAUUUUUUUUUACUGGUUUACAUUUGUCAUUUUAUAGUGGUGUCUAUAGUUCAAGUAUUGGAUUCACUACAAGUAUGGGAACCAACAGUAAACAGCUUGUGGGUUUAUCAGGAAUCUUGAUUGGCGUUGGCGAAAUUUUAGGAGGUUUUCUGUUCAGUAUUCUGGGUAAAAAAACUUCCGACAACAACAUUGAAUCCAAAGGAUUCAGUCAUUCAGCAGUGGUUGCUCUUGGUUUUAUUAUAAAUAUUAUUGCAUACGGUUUGAUAUUUAUAAAUUUACCAGACGAAUCACCAUUUGGUGAUACAACAGCGAAAUCUUUUAUCGAACCUAAUCAGUACCUAGCAAUUUUCUGCAGUUUUCUCUUGGGUUUUGGCGACAGUUGUUUUAAUACUCAAAUUUACAAUGUAAUUGGACAAAGAUAUUCCGAAAAUAGUGCUCCAGCUAUGGCCUUGUUUAAAUUUAUGCAGUCGAUAGCUGCUGCCAUUAGUUUCUUCUACAGUAAUCAUUUUGGAAUGUAUGUUCAACUAACCUUGUUGGUGAUCACAUUAAUUAUGGGUACUCUGUCGUUUUUCAAAGUGGAUAAAUCUAUUGAUAACCGAUAUAAAGAAUUUUAG